AUGAGAAUAGAAUAAUAGCACCUAAUAAAUUAACCUUACCCGCCAUUAAAUCAAUAAUCAGACAUCGUUCAGAUGCUCCGUCCACAAUUUUAACUAUGUUAGACUGCAAUGAACACGAUUUAAGAGGAAGCAAUUCCUUAGAUUUUUGGGAAAAUGUUUUUUGGUAUUUUUCGAAAACCUAUUGGGUACCCUUAUUUAACAAUUUGUGAAGGUUUAUGAUGCAAAUAGAAACAACCAUAUUGCUCUUGAGUCACUAGCUUAGACUAAUAAGACUCUUCAGGCCAAUUAUGAAAAUAAGGAAAAAAAUAUUUAACGAUCAAUUUCUGAUGAUAUUUACUCAUAAAUAGCAUCCGAAUUAAAGAUUACCAAACAAGAACUCUAGGAGUAAUUGCAUAAAAACAUCAAAGUCACAAAUGAGAGAAAAGAUUUGA